AGUACGCGACGAAUAAGGGAUGUGCAAGAAACACGCUACCACCAGCUAGUCAUCGUGCGGGUUUUUAGCCGGGCGGGCAGGUCACUCGCAGGAGCCAGAAGUUACCCAAAACGUGCCCCAGACGGGACGCAACACAGACCCCGCGUCAACGCGUGCUUUCAGCUGCUCGAGGCGCCGAGUACGGGACGGGUACGGGACGUGUACGGGACGGGGCUGGUUGGUUGGUUCUGCUCUAGUACAGCUACGGUCCACACGUCGCUGACGGCGAUCAGUCGGUUCGGCGCGAUGGAGAAGCUCGGUUCGAUGAUGGAGUACCGAUUGAAGACGCUGACAAGCUGGAUGGUGCGCUCCGGCAAUGGGACGCUCGAGGAACUGCUGCACGACGCCUGCGACACGCUCGUCCAGUGGCCGUGGACCACCGGCCUGCUGUGGUACGGAACACUAGGGCUCGCUCUCACGUACGGAUUCUACCUGUUCUACUAUCAGGCGAUGGUCUGGAAGCGGGAUCUCACCGAUAUUGGCUACAAUCACAUCCUGGAUGCGGCCCGCAUUGGGAAGAGUGACCGGAAACGGGUCGACACGGUCAACAGGGCACGGCGGUUGCGCAAGAUCGGCGAUCGGCUACCGCCACCGUACCCGAACGGAUGGUUCUCGGUGCUGGAGUCGGAAGACUUGGCCACCGGUGAGGCGAAAAGCGUCGACUGUCUCGGUCAGAAUUUGGUCGUCUUCCGGACGGAUACCGGCGAGGUGAACGUGCUGGAUGCGUACUGUCCGCAUCUGGGCGCCAACCUCGGUGUCGGCGGUAUUGUGCGAGGUGACUGCAUCGAAUGUCCGUUCCAUCACUGGACGUUCAGUGGCCGGGACGGUCAGUGUACCAACAUCCCGUACAGCAAGUCCGGCACGGUACCAAAGGUGGCACGACUACGCAAAUGGCGCUCACUCGAGGUGAACGGUUUCAUCUUCGUCUGGCACCACGUUGACGCCGAAGUCGAACCGUGGACGUUCAACGUGCUGCAGGAAAUCGAGGAUGGACGGUGGGUGUACUAUGGUAAGAACGAGUUCCUGGUCAACUGCCACAUUCAGGAUGUGCCCGAAAACGGGGCCGACGUAGCCCAUCUCUCUGCCGUGCACGGACCAAACAUGAUGUCCGGGAGCGAUAUCCGCUAUUCGCGACCUGCCUGGGCCGACUUCGGGAUGCACUCUUGGCUGGCAAGCUGGCAGGCACCUGAUGAGGGGGAACCGGCACACGUCGCCAAGAUGGAUCUGGUACAUUCGUUUCGAAUCUUCAACAAGUUUGAGGUGGGUAGAAUCGAUGUCCGCGCGUAUCAGAUCGGGCCCGGCUAUGUGCAGCUGCUGAUGAACACCAGCAUGGGACCGUUCGUAGUGCUGCAAACGGUGACACCGAUCGAACCGCUCGUGCAGAAGGUUAUCCAUCGGUUUUACGCACCGCGCAACAUAUGGAAUGCCAUCUUCCAGAAGUUUGCCAUCCUGGCGGAGAGCAUCAUGUUCGAACGUGACAUGAUGGUCUGGAACCAUAAGCAGUUCAUCGACAAUCCACUACUGAUCAAGGAGGAUCGGUUGAUCAAGAGCUACCGGAAGUGGUACAGCCAGUUCUAUUCCGAAAACAGUGUCAGCUUCACGAUGGCCAAGGAAAAGCUCGACUGGUGAUGCAUCAUAGUGCGGUGGCAAAGCCACUGCCUUCAAAUACCCCAAAUAUAUAUAUAUAUAGCUAUAUAAAUAGGUUUGUUUACAUAAUGCGCCCGUCAGGAGCGAUUGUUUAGGCGUCCGUAGACAUCCCACAAUACUAGAGCAUCGGUUGCGGAGCAUUACGCAAUGAACAGACCGUAACAGUGAUCUUGUUGUACUUAGUGCUUUCCGAAUCGACAUUAGGUUGAAUCUGCAUUACUACUAGCUUAUAAAUUGAGGAGAGAGAACACAACACAACAAACUCUCCGCCCGCAAAAAAUGGCAAUAAUAAUCAAACAAGCGAACGGGCAGGCGUGCCUAUUCGUACGGGGGAGAGGAAACCUUCUAGGUGACAAGUUACCAUGUUAGAGAUAGGAUUAUGAACAGAAUAAAGAUAAUCAGUUUUGUAUUUUAACGUAACGCUCGUAUCGAAGUUCAUUUGUGUGGUGGAGGAGUAGGGUGCUUAUCUCUUUUCGGCCAACAAUCUAUAUUCACCGUUUGUUUUCUACGUCGACUUGCUCUCCUUGCGUCGCCUAUCAAUCGGCAGAUGUUUCACGUGAUUGGCGCUGGCGGGAAUACCGGAAGUUAAGGCAGGAUUCACAGGCCCUUUUUGGGCGAUCCAUUAAAUAGCGAUUGAUCACAUUUUCAUUAAUAGCGCAUUGUUGCGAUACCGUGACCGUGAACUAAAGUGACGCAACUGCGGUUCCUUAUUA